CUUACUUUAGUACUCGAAAAACCAAACCGAGAGGCUCCACUGCCCUUCUUUUUCCUGGAAAUUGCUUUGAAACGAUCAUGUCAAACUAUUAGAAUUGAAAAAAGAAAAAAAAGGAAACAAAAAAUGUGAACUUCUUGGAAGCUAGAAAUCAAAUGGAAACAAAUUAGCUGAGAAGAUCAGUCUGUCAAAACGCGGCUGAUCAGUUAGUAUAAAAAAAACUGCUUAUCAAUAUGCAGGAAUCCAUGUCCAGGUUCUCUGCUAUCUUGGAACUCAAAACUACUUUAUCUUCGUGUUCUGCUUCCCUGAACUGCAAGCUCAUACGAGAAGUGCAGUAAUUGUGCGGAAAAUAUAUGUAAAGGGGACGGCGACAUUUCAACUCAUCAGCACAAAUAAGCCUUGUGAAAGUAAAGAUGAUAACAUGUGGUGGAGUCCGAAAAUGGUUCAGCUUGCCCGAACGAUUGGUCAUAUUCACUUUUGGUCUGCUUUUCAGCAAGGGCAUGAUGAUACACGUGCUGGCAAACUUUAUGACAUUCCUCACAAAUACAUGGAAUUUGAAACUAAAAGAAGCUGCAGCAAUCGUUAAUUUUCAAGAGGGACUAAGGGAUAUGUUGCAGAUACACGUUGCUCUCUGCAUUGAUGCUUGGCUUGGUUAUCGACGGAUGUUGAUUCUUUCUAGUGUUUUAUAUUGUGCUGGACUUUGCCUUUUAUCCUUAUCAUUCUCAUUGCUACAAACACAAGAAGUACACCCCAUGGAGAACGUCGAUUAUUUUAAGAAAUUGAAACAUACACCUUUCUGGGAAGGAUUAGCUCUUCUGAUUGUUGGUGAAGCUGCACAAGUUAUUCCUCUUUCCUCCCUUUCUUUUGACCAAACCAAGUUUGUAAAAGUACGAGAACAUUGUGAACUAAGGGGAAAAAUUGGACGCAUCCUUUCUAAGGUUAAAAUAGGAGGCUGGCGGCAAUUGCAGCGGAGAUUUAUCAGAUUGCUUUGCACCGCAGUCCAGAUGCUCGGAACCAUAACAUUUGUUUAUGGUUUCAUCUCUUUUGAACGCGGAUGGCAACUGUAUUUUGCUGUAUCAGCCGGUGGCAUAGCAGUUGGUUUACUUUGGUUUCUUUGUGGUCUCCCUUUCUAUGGCCUUCCUCGGCUGCAGCCAAAUCCUCUUUCGACUAUGCUUCGCGUCUUGAUUGCUGCGGUGCGGAAGAGGCAUCUCAUUUACCGAGAAAAUUUAUAUGGACUUCAUCGUUGUGAUGGAGACGAUCAAAAUCAACUCCUCACAGACCAUCUUGAGUGUCUCAACAAUGCUGCAGUGAAAGAGUCAUCUGCUGAUGAUAAUUCAAUAAUGGAAGAAACGAGAUGGAAACUUUGCACGGUGAAAGAAGUGGAGCAAACAAAACUUCUGCUGAAUAUUGUUCCAAUGUCUGUGACUUUCAUCGUGUAUGGCAUGGUGAAAUCUCUUGGCAAUACCUUCUUCAUAGAGCAGGCAAACAGCAUGAGAGGUGGUAAUGGUAUCCUAAUCGUAGUUUUUCAGAUGAUCCAAGGGUUUUCAAAAAGCCCAAUCAAACGUGGGUAUGAAGUGGUGUUCGAAAAACGAAUAGACAGAAUAAAAAGGGGGUAUUCUGAUGCAGUGAAGAUUGGCUUAGGUAUGCUGGCUUCUAUAAUAUGCUGCGCUGUUGCAACAUCAGUUGAAUCCAAAAGGUUAAAAGCUCUGCCUCCGAGUCUGGAGGGUCUGCCAAAUGAUCCAAAUGCUAUUGCCCACAUUUCGGCAUUGUGGCUGGUUCCGCAGUUCCUUUUCCUGGCCGCGAUGGAAGGAUUAGCUGGCGAUGGCAUCCAGGAUUUCUAUGGUCACUACGCUCCUGAUUCAAGGAGAUAUGGGCCUGUAUUCACCAGCUUACUCACCGGAUUAGGAGCAGUACUUAGCGUGGGAUUCAUAGCUAUUCUAGAUUAUUACAGCAAAUCCAGAUACAAUGAAAGUUGGCUUGGGGAUAGUAUAAACCAAAGUCGUUUGGAUUCUAUUUAUCACGCAUAUGUCAUAGUUGCCCUGGUCAACUGUUUUCUUUAUGCUUACGUCGCCAAACAGUAUUCUUAUGAUAAUAUCACAGGAAGAGAAGAAGAAGAAGAAGAAGAAAUACAAUUCUUGGAAGUGAAAGAAGAAACAGCAGCAGGAGACGAACAGAACAACCAAUAACAAGUGAGCGUGGAGUUGCAAAGGAUUUCAGUGCGUUAGCCUGCUGAAUUAUCAAGAUAUUCCACCUAGUCCAAGAUUGUUUUCCAUGUAUUUAUGCUUAGGAUCUUACGUGUAUCGUUUAGAGAGGUGCAUGUUGCCAAAGAGUAAAGAGAUUGUCCGAAUGUUCUUGGAUGUAGGGACUUUUAGGAUUGUAAAAGUGAGAGUGAAAGAGAAAAAAUAUGUAAAGUGUAAUUUAUAAGUUUGUCAGCGGAAAAGUUAUGGAAUUUUUUAGUAUAAAAAAGUCCCUGGAGUUGUAUUAAA